AAGAGCAAAAGAGGAAGGUGGAAUGGGGAAAAAAAAGCCCAUAUUGUUCCAAAACAGAGACCCUAAGCUUGCUUUCUGUCUGUAGAAACCAGCACUGGAGAUGCAAACUGGAGAGAUGCAACCGUUCCCGGCUUUGGCUCUUAAAAGUCUCAUCCCUGCAUUGCAUCAAUGCAUUUGGACACUUCGCUUGGCAAUAACAGCUGCAGCACCGUGACUCAUAGAGCUGAGAUGGGUGGAAAAAGCCAGGUUGGGAGGGAGGGAGGGGGAAGGAAGGGAUGGAUUGCCGUACAUAGGAACCGGGAACCCGUGAUCCCAUGUCACUGCACAGAUCUGGAAGGGAUCCCCCCAGUCUCCCCGUCCACUUCUCUUUACGUCCUGCCGUGACCUGACACAUCAAUGGUUGCUUGCUUUGCCUUUUAGGCUCCGAAGAUUCAGCAGAACUGUUCCUUUGUGAAUAAGGAGGGAAAAACCAGUGCGAACGGCUGCGGUUUUGCACAUCUCCAAGUGUGUCUGAAUGGUGACUGCUGAUAACUAUUACCAACUGCCAUGGGGACCGGGAUGAGUAAGGUUGUUGCGGGUCUGUACCUUGGAAACAUCAGAGAUUCUGAGGACAGAGAAAACCUGGCGAAGAACGGCAUCACACACAUCUUGUCGGUGCAUAACAACGCCAAACCUGUGUUGGAAGACAUGACAUACCUUUGCAUAUCGGCCUCGGACUCCUCAAACCAAAACCUGAUCCAACAUUUCAAGGAGAGCAUCCGGUUCAUCCACGAAUGCCGGCUGCACGGCGGAGGGUGCCUCAUCCACUGCUUGGCCGGGGUCUCCCGCAGCACCACGCUUUUGGUGGCCUACCUCAUGACCGUCACCGACUUCGGGUGGGAAGAAUGCCUGGCCGCCACCAAAGCCGUCCGCUCCUACGUCAGCCCCAACUUCGGCUUCCAGGAGCAGCUGCAGGAGUACGAGUCGACUUUGCUCAAGGAGUACCGAGAUUGGAUCCGGCAGGAAUAUGGGAAGAACCCACUGAAGGACCAAGAGGAGGUCCAGCACUUGCUGACCCUGCAAGAGGAGAAGGCCGGAGAGCAGCCAAGCGGACUGAGCGAAGGCAACUGGAUCAACCGUCCGGACCCCGUCGGCCCUCCGCCUCAUGCGCCUUAUGCCAGCAGCAGCCGUCGGUGGAUGAACAGAUAACCAAGGCUCCAGUAUUUUGGACUAUGAUGCCUUCCUUACUGGGAUGUGUAGUCCAGAGCCUUCACAGGUUUGGGAACGCUGCCUUAAAGAACUGAGAGCAAUGUGCUUUUCUGUGUUGCUUUGCCUGUGUUGCUACAACAGAGCCAAUAGAUUAGGUCCAUCUUACAGAUGUUCCAGGUGGUUUUGAGCCAAAUCCAGUUGUGUUUUCUUACUGGUUAAAGUACAACACAAUUGGGUUUCUCCAAGUUGCAGUAGAAGAGCACAGAAGUCCUGAAUGGCAGUUGGAUGCAUCCAAACUUAGGGUGCAUCUAAACUCUAAAAAUAAUGCAACGUGACACCAAAAUAUCAACGAAGCCAUCCACAUCCACUCAAACGAAACCUUCGAAAUGCAACAGUGCCGAGGUCUGUUUCUACUGUUUCUAAGAGGUCAAUAAACAGAAGAUAGCGUGAUCAUGCUUGUUGAUAGGCAUGCACAGGUGACAUGGAAAGCUUUUAUCCUCAGAAGAAAUGUUUGGACUUGUGAAUCUGUCAAAUCAUGCCCAAAUGAUAGAGCAAUGUAGUAUUUGGAGACCAAAAUCAAGCAAAACUCUCCAUUGUUCCGUAUGUGACGUCCCCAUGGCAUUGGUAGAAGAGACUUGAAAACAUGUGGUUUGAAAAGACAUUUUUUCCCAGUGUUUUGUUGUGGAAAUAUCAUACGUUUGCAAGAAACGUGGUCUCAAGGUAAUGUUUUUGAAGCCACCCUAGGAACACUGCAAAUAAACAAUGUUGGGUUCUAUCAUGGAGAAAAAAAAAUGGAAAACCAGUGCAAUAAAAGCAUUUCUUUAAACAUCA